UAUUAUAUUGCGCAGUUAGGUUAGUAUAUAAUACGACGUUUUAUUCUACGGUUGAGUUUUGCAUCCGCCAAGAUGGUCAAUAAGGAAUCUAUGUGGUACUUUGUGAUGGUAUUCUGUUUAAUAAUCGUACUAGUAAAUUCUAUAAGCGUUUCCAGCAGAUCUUACAUCGGUUUUCCCUCUGACUGUGGUGGCAUCGAUAUCAAGAAAGGCAGUGGUGUGUACAUGAUUUACCCUGAAGGAGUUGAGGAUGGAUUCAAUGUAUAUUGUAAUAUGGAGACAGACAACAUAGGGGGCGGAUGGACGGUGUUCCAAAAACGACAAAAUGGUGCGGUUGAUUUUUACAGAGGAUGGAAUGAUUAUAAAUUUGGAUUUGGAACUUUGGAUGGAGAACACUGGCUUGGCAACGAAAAUCUCCAUAUCCUUACCUCCCAAGACAAAUACGAACUCUUAAUUACGAUGCAGGACUUUACCAAUCAUACUGGAUAUGCAAAAUAUGCAAACUUCAAAAUCGGGAACAAAGAAUCAAAAUUCAAGAUGACCAUUUCAUCCUAUACUGGCAACGUUGGUGAUUCACUUAGCAGCCAUAAUGGGAAAAACUUUACUACCAAAGACCAGGAUAACGACCAGUAUGGAAAUAACUGUGCUUCUAUGUUUAAAGGUGCAUGGUGGUACGGAGCCUGUCAUUCUUCAAACUUGAAUGGACAGUAUCUUGGCGGGAAACAUACUUCACACGCUGAUGGAAUUAAUUGGAAAACUUGGAAAGGCCAAUACUACUCAUUAAAGACAACCAACAUGAUGAUUCGUAGGAAAAAAUAAAUAACCUUCGCAAAAUUUGUAAUUUAUAAAAAUCUCUUUUUUAAUUGCAAUUCCUUAAAAACUAAAGUGAGGCAAAACAAAUUAAAGUAAAACAGAUAGAAAAUAUUCAACAUUUGAAUAAAAUGAAAUGAAAAAGA